GCGACGCGACCGGAGGACGCCAUGGCGCGGGAGCUUCGGGCGCUGCUGCGGUGGAGCCGCUGCGUGCGGGCUCCGCUGCGGGCGCCGGGGCUGGCGGCCGUCCCCGGAGGAGGAAGCCUUCUGUGUCCUCGGAGGACGGCGGCGCAGUCCCCGGGCCCGCGGCCACACCUGGCGUGGAGCGCGCCGUCGGGCAGGCGGCUGAGCACACGCGCGGCGCAGGGCGAGGACGAGGAGCGCCCGCGGGCCGGCAUCCGCAGCACGGAGAGCGUGCACGGUUCUGUUUCCAAACACGAGUUCCAGGCAGAGACCAAGCAGCUUUUGGACAUCGUUGCCCGUUCCUUGUACUCAGAAAAGGAGGUGUUCAUACGGGAGCUGAUCUCCAACGCCAGUGAUGCCUUGGAGAAACUGCGGCACAAGCUGGUGUCUGGCGGCCAGGCGCUGCCGGACAUGGAGAUCCACUUGCAGACGGACGCUGAGAAAGGCACCAUCACCAUCCAGGACUCCGGCAUCGGGAUGACCCGGGAGGAGCUGGUGUCCAACCUGGGGACCAUCGCCAGGUCGGGGUCGAAGGCCUUUCUGGAAGCAUUGCAGAGCCAGGCGGAGGCCAGCAGCAGGAUCAUCGGCCAGUUCGGAGUGGGCUUCUACUCGGCCUUCAUGGUGGCUGACCGAGUUGAGGUCUAUUCUCGCUCAGCGGCCCCAGGGAGCCAAGGUUACCAGUGGCUUUCUGAUGGCUCUGGAGUGUUUGAAGUCGCUGAAGCAUCAGGAGUCAAAACUGGCACCAAGAUAAUCCUGCACCUCAAGCCGGACUGCAAGGCCUUCUCCGACGAGGCCCGGGUGCAAGACGUGGUGACCAAGUACAGUAACUUCGUCAGCUUCCCCUUGUACCUGAACGGAAAACGCAUCAACACCUUGCAGGCCAUCUGGAUGAUGGACCCCAAGGGUGUCAGUGAGGAGCAGCACGAGGAGUUCUACCGCUACAUCGCCCAGGCUUACGACAAGCCCCGCUACACCCUGCACUACAAGACGGACGCCCCGCUCAACAUCCGGAGCCUCUUCUACGUGCCAGAGACGAAACCGUCCAUGUUUGAUGUGAGCCGGGAGCUGGGCUCCAGCGUUGCCCUGUACAGCCGCAAGGUCCUCAUCCAGACCAAGGCCACCGACGUCCUGCCCAAGUGGCUGCGCUUUGUACGAGGUGUGGUGGACAGCGAGGACAUCCCCCUGAACCUCAGCCGGGAGCUGCUGCAGGAGAGUGCGCUCAUCAGGAAGCUGCGAGAAGUUCUGCAGCAGAGGCUCAUCAAGUUCUUCAUCGACCAGAGCAGAAAGGACGCUGAGAAAUACGCCAAGUUCUUUGAGGAUUACGGCUUGUUCAUGAGGGAGGGCAUCGUGACCACCACGGAGCAGGAGGUCAAGGAGGACAUCGCGAAGCUGCUGCGCUACGAGUCCUCGGCGCUGCCGGCUGGCCAGCUGACCAGUCUCACGGACUACGCCAGCCGCAUGCAGGCCGGCACCCGCAACAUCUACUACCUGUGCGCGCCCAACCGGCACCUGGCCGAGCACUCGCCCUACUACGAGGCCAUGAAACAGAAGAACACAGAGGUUCUCUUCUGCUACGAGCAGUUUGAUGAGCUGACCCUGCUGCACCUGCGCGAGUUCGACAGGAAGAAGCUGAUCUCUGUGGAGACCGACAUCGUGGUCGACCACUACAAGGAGGAGAAGUUCGAGGACACGUCCCCAGCUGAGGCGCGGCUCUCGGACAAGGAGGCAGAGGAGCUGGUGGCCUGGAUGCGCAAUGCUCUGGGGUCUCGCGUGGCCAAUGUGAAGGUGACUCUGCGCCUGGACACCCACCCUGCCAUGGUGACCGUGCUGGAGAUGGGUGCCGCCCGGCACUUCCUGCGCAUGCAGCAGCUGGCCCGGACCCAGGAGGAGCGCGCGCAGCUCCUGCAGCCCACGCUCGAGAUCAACCCCAGGCACGCGCUCAUCAGGAAGCUCAGUCAGCUGACGGCGAGCGAGCCCGAGUUGGCCCAGCUGCUGGUGGAUCAGAUCUACGACAACGCCAUGAUCGCCGCAGGGCUGGUGGAUGACCCCAGGCCCAUGGUGGGCCGUCUCCACGACCUUCUCGUCAAGGCCCUGGAGAGACACUGACAGCCCGGGGAGCAAGGACUGGAACCACACAUAAGGCCAAGCACCCUCUUUAUUGACCUGCAUUAAAAGGUGGCUCUGCA